AUGGUGUUUAGAAACGGUGGUGGAAAGUUCGUGUGCAACCUUUGCACUUAUCCCAACGAUACACCAUCAGAAUACUUCUGUGCGACAACACCCCAGGGUGUAAGAGUGGACAGAGACCAGCGUCCCGAAUUGUGCCGCGGCACAGUCGAGUUCACAGUUCCAAAAGAGUACUGGACCAAGGAGCCCGUUGGUCUCAAUUGGCUCUUCUUGAUCGAUGUUACUCAAGAAGCCUUCAACAAGGGCUUCCUUGAGGCUUUCUGUGAUGGAAUCCUUUCCGCACUAUAUUCAGCUGAAGACGAAGUGGACGAAAAUGGAGAACCGAAGCGGAGGCUGCCCCAGGGUGCCAAAGUGGGCUUCCUGACAUAUGACAAGGAAAUACACUUCUACAGUUGCCACGCAUCGCUAGAACAACCUCAGAUGAUGGUCAUGCCAGAUGUGGAAGACCCUUUUGUGCCCCUCAGCGAUGGUCUUUUCGUUGAUCCCGUGGAAUCAAGGGCCGUCAUCACAUCCUUGCUGACCAGAUUACCUACAUUGUUUUCGAGCGUAAAGAACCCAGAGCCCGCUCUACUGCCUACGCUCAACUCGGCCAUUGCUGCUCUCGACAAGACUGGCGGCAAGGUUGUCUGCUCUUUAUCCGCACUUCCGACAUGGGGUCCCGGCCGACUCUUCAUGAGAGACGACGGCAAGCACCCGGGUGGAGAGCUGGACAAGAAGCUCUACACGGCUGAGCAUCCUGGCUGGAAGAAAACGGCUGAGAAAAUGGUUGCUUCGGGAAUUGGAGUCGACUUCUUCCUGGCUGCACCAUCCGGUGGUUAUUUGGACAUUGCCACUAUUGGACAUGUCGCUUCUUUGACUGGCGGAGAGACUUUCUACUAUCCCAACUUCGUGGCUGGUCGAGACAAUGCCAAACUCUCGCUUGAGAUCACGCACACGGUGACCAGGGAGACUGGCUACCAAGCACUGAUGAAGGUGCGGUGCUCCAAUGGUCUCCAGAUCAAGGAUUAUCAUGGUUCUUUCCUCCAACACACCUUUGGUGCAGAUCUCGAAAUCGGAGUCAUUGAUGCCGACAAGGCGAUUGGAGUGACUUUCGGCUAUGAUGGCAAGCUAGACGCCAAGCUAGACGCACACUUCCAGUCAGCACUUCUGUACACGACAGCCUCGGGUCAACGGCGCGUGCGGUGCUGCAACAUUAUCGCCAGUGUCAGCGAGGUGACUCGAGAAUGCGUCAAGAUGAUUGAUCAAGAUGCCGUUGUAUCGAUUUUGGCCAAGGAAGCCGCCACCAAGCUUGCAACGACCUCGGCAACACUAAAGGAGACCCGGCAGCACCUCACGGAGAGAACCAUUGAUGUGCUCGCCAAUUACAGGAAGAAUUUGACAACAUCGUCACAUCCCCCUGGCCAGUUGAUCAUGCCCGAGAGACUCAAAGAAUUUUCCAUGUACAUGCUCGGUCUCCUGAAAUGCCGUGCAUUCAAGGGCGGGAAUGAGAGCUCGGAUCGCAGAAUACAUGAGAUGCGCAUGGUCAGAUCCAUGGGCGCUGGGGAGUUAAGUGUCUACCUAUACCCACGCAUGAUCCCGAUACACAAUCUCACUGCCGAGGAUGGAUUUCCAGACGAGAAUGGCCACCUCAAGGUGCCACCAAGUCUUCGUGCGUCAUUUUCACGCAUUGAGCCGGGUGGUGUCUACCUUGUCGACAAUGGCCAGCAAUGUCUCAUCUGGUUCCACAGCCAAACAUCACCCAACCUCUUGUCUGAUCUCUUUGGAGAAGGGAAGGAUAGUCUCAAGGCGCUGGACCCGUAUAGCUCAAGCUUGCCGCAUCUCGAUACGCAUUUAAAUGCUCAAGUCCGAAACAUAAUCGAGUUCCUGAAGACUCUACGUGGCUCCAAGGCUCUGACCAUCCAGCUUGCUCGGCAAGGUAUUGACGGAGCCGAGUUCGAAUUUGCGAGAAUGCUGGUUGAGGAUCGAAACAAUGAGGCUCAAAGCUAUGUUGACUGGCUGGUAUCGUUACACAAGGGUGUGCAACUUGAGCUUGCCGGUCAUCGGAAAAAGGAUGGUGACGAGAACCUCUCCAGUACUCUAGGCAACUUCAGCGGACUUCGGCCGGCCUACUGGUAA